GUAUCGUCAUACACUCAACAAGAUUCACCUGGCGGAAGAUAGUAAGUUGCGCACGGCAGAGGACGUCGACGACGUGGUUUGCGCCUACCUGCCGGAACCGGAAACCAACAGGCGCUUACACACGUGCGUCACGUCGCAUAUGAUACACGGGCCUUGUGGAAGGGUCAACCCACAGUGUCCGUGCAUGGUGGACAACUGUUGCUCCAAAGACUACCCGAAACCAUACGCAGAGGAGACUGUGUAUGUUUCGGACGGCGGUUACCCAAAGUACCGACGACCGGACGACGGUCAAGUGGUUCUUUUGAAAAAUCACGAGGUCGGCAAUGAGUACGUAGUUCCUCACAACCCUUACCUCCUGGCAAAGUACGACGCACACAUCAAUGUCGAGGUGUGCUCUUCCAUAAAGAGCGUCAUGUACAUCUACAAGUACAUCUACAAGGGACAUGACUGUGUGACGCUGGAGGUUUUUGACCAGGAUGAACUAGCCAAUUUCGUAAACACAAGAUACGUCAGACCGCCAGAAGGCAUCUGGCGGCUGUUUUCGUACGAAUUGCACAAGAGAAGUCACACGAUCGUCAGACUUCCUAUCCACCUAAAAGGUCGACAAAACGUCUACUUUGCACCGGGACAAGCGCAAGAGCGGUUGCAAAACGAAGCUCUACAUCGUACGAGGCUAACUGAGUUCUUCACGCUCAACAUAAACGACGUGGAAGCUCGACAAUACCUGUACACAGAUAUACCGACGCAUUACACGUGGAAUGCGGCUCAGCGGACGUGGGUGGGGCGGCGGAGAAUGAUGGCAAACGAGACGUUGGCUCAGAUGUACAUCGUCAACCCGCUGGAUCGGGACCGUUUCCACUUGCAACUGCUACUACCAUGA